AUGGGUGAACCCGUUGACAAGGCGUCCGUGCAGGCCUUCAAACCCUUUCGUUAUUUGCCUUACCGCAAUGUCCCGCUGGUGGUGACGGACCCCGAUUAUAACUCGCUCAUGGACGAGAAAGUGGACUUUACUCCCGCUACCAUGACGUUGGCGCUUCUGCACGCGGAGUCGACCGUGCAACCCAAGCUCAAUACGAUGAGGGAGGAAGGGGAGGACGUGGGGGCAGGGGGGGGUAUAGAGGGGGAGAUGGUGGAGGGAGGGGAGGAAGAGGUGGUGGUGGUGGCGGUGGUGGUGGUGGUGGUGGGGAUGCCAGCAGGUUUGUCAACCUUGGUCGGGCGGGAGGGUAUUAAAUCGAGUGGCUGUUUCAGUGAAGUGCUGCUGUCAGAAGUGUGCCUGAAAUCUCGAAUUUUGACGCGUCACAGUAACGGUGUUGUGUGCAAGAGAAGGCUGGUUGGGCGGUAUAGAGGGAACUAG